AUGAGCGGAGCCAAAGCCCGCAGCGACGCGCCUGUUGCUGAGGACGUCUCCGGCGGCAGCGGGCACGGCACUGCGGCUCCACCGCGGGACCGCAAGCCCGGCGGAGGGGUCCUGAAGAGGCUGAAGUCCCGGAGGAGCCAGGUGGACAGCAGGCCCGUCACGGAGGAGGACCUACGGGCGCAGAGCGGACACAUCUCGCCGGAGGACGUGCUGGGACUGCGGGGGGCGACGCGAGGGUACCUGUGUAAACCUGAGGAAAAUAUUUACAACAUAGACUUUGUGCGCUUUAAGAUCAGAGACCUGGAGACGGGCACAGUCCUCUUUGAGAUUGCCAAACCACCAAAUACAGAGGAUGAUGAGGAGAACAGAGAGGCAGAUGCCAGUGCAGGCCGAUUUGUGCGCUACCAGUUCACCCCGGCCUUCCUGCGCCUGAGGACCGUGGGAGCGACGGUGGAAUUCACAGUUGGAAACAGGCCGCUCAACAAUUUCCGCAUGGUUGAAAGACACUAUUUCCGCGAUCACCUGCUGAAGAGCUUUGACUUUGACUUUGGCUUCUGUAUCCCAAACAGCCGUAACACCUGUGAGCACAUCUAUGAGUUCCCUCAGCUGUCUGACAGCCUAGUCCGUCAGAUGGUGGAGCGUCCGUACGAGACUCGCUCAGACAGCUUCUACUUCGUCGAGAACAGACUGGUCAUGCACAACAAGGCAGACUAUGCUUAUAAUGGAGGACAGUGAUAUCUGCCUACCAGCAUGCAAACACACACGCCCCAAACAAGUGCAUGCACACACACAUGUGCACGCACAUUUAUAGAUAUAUAUAUACAAACAGACAUGCAUGCACAUGGCUGAACAUAAAUACAGUUCAUUCCCUCAUACGUGCACCAGCAGCUACAGACACGGCUGAGUUACAUUAUGUCUGUAAAGAGGAAUUGCCAAUCAUCGAAGCUGGCAUUUCGGGGGAUGUAUUGGAUAUUGCAUGAGGUCAAUAUCAAUCUGACGCACAAACAGGAUGCUUCUGUUAAAAAGAAGUAGAAAAUGGGCCAAUUUAUCUACUUUUAAAUUCUGCACCGAAGACUUUUAAAUCAGUAGCUGUGGGUAAUUUGUCCAAAACAGACCAAACGGUUAAUAAAUAGAUGGUUAGUGUCCUCUUAGCAAAUUUAAAAGUGUCCUACCACCCACCCACUCAAACAGACACACACACACAUGCACACACUCAAUCCCCAAUUGACACACAUAAUGUUUACACAGUGUUUGUCAGAAGCAGCUGUUCUCAGAGCUACCGCCUCCACAAUCCACUCCAGACAAUAUCUGGGGAGAAAGAGAGAAGCCAUCCACAAAAGCAUUCCUGUCAAACACACAUGGUCACUCCUGUAAUCCUCUGUCCAACCCCUCAUCCAACCCCCCCCCCCCCCCUGUCCCCCCUUUCACUUUCAUGAAUAUAUCAAUAUAGUACUGUACAAGACUCUGAUAAAAAGGUCUCUGAGGUAUCUCUCUCUAUUUUAGUUUUUCAGCCUUCUCUGUUUGAUAGUAACAAACAUGGAAACAAAUCAGGGAACAGUUAACUACAAUGUAAUUCUAACAUUUGACUGUGACCAAAUAAACCUUGAAGAUUGGACAAUGGUGAAUAGAGGAAGGCAGAUCUGAUUUUAUAUCUUGAUGAUGCAUGUGAUCAUGUAAAAAAAGGGAAUUUUUAAUAACUUAUUUGGUUUUCAGUGUGGAAAAAAUAAAAAAGGACGAUUGGUGGAGUUCCUUGUGUGAAAGUCACAUCAAUUAUUCUCCAUCUUAGUUUAAUCAUCUGUAUUUUUAAAUCAUUUGUUCUAUCGUGCACAUCUUUAAAGAUCAACAUCAAGUUAGAACUAUGUAGAUAGCAUACCUCGACUUUGUACUUUGUAAACUUCGGUGUUCAGGGUUAAAAGUUGUGUUUGUAAGAAAAUAAAUUAACUAUACAUAUAUAUAUAUAUUUAUAUAUAUAUAUAUAUAUCUUGUGAAA